GUCAGGCUUAGUUUGUUCAUAAACUCCAGUUCCUGGGCGGACCCCACACACAGCUGGAUUUGAAACAGCUGGAUCCGCCUUCCCUGUAAGUUUAGCCAGAAACUCCACAAAACCAGGAGUCUUGGGUUGAUAGGAAAAACACAGGAGACUGGUCGGACUGGUGGAGGAUGAAUUGAUCCAAACUGUGAAGCUGGAUUUCCAGUUGCUGGCAGAAAAUGGAUUACUGGAAGAGAGUGGGUCUGAUUUCCCUACUGCUGCUAUCCUUCUCAUGUUAUGCCUGGACACGAAGGAAUUUGAAGACCAACUUGUGUAAGUGGUGCGACUACACAAUCCCGGUGUGCGAAGACAAGGUAUGCUACAGCAACUGCAAUUUGAACUCCUACUGUGAGAAUCCAUAUGAAAUCUGUGUGGCUAUAUGGAGACAAGACAAUGAGAGCAUCAGCAUCAGUACUCUCUGCCACAACCCACAGCUUCCCAUAGAAAACAUCAUGGUUCCCAAUUACAACACCUCCAGGUGCAUCAUGACCCACCUGCCAAGGGAGGACGGAGCAUUCUACAUCUGCGGCUGCGUGGACGAACAGGAAUGCAACGACAAGCUCAUCUUUGAAAAUCACACCAAUGGAUAUUCCAUGCAACAGAGCAAAGAGGUCAUCCCCGUGGCUGCAAUAAGCCUGCUCCCUCCUCUGCUAGUGGCUGUCAUGAUAACAGUUAUAUUUUACCUCUGCCGCACCCAAAAGCAGAGGAAGAGAGCCAAGGACUGGAGCCAGAAGCACACACAACACCGGGCCUUGCCCGAGUCAGGGAAAGCUGCCGAGCACGAUGAGAAGUUGUCGGUGAUGAUAGACGACAAUCACUCCCACAUGAGCUCAACCUGCGCCAACAGCAUCAACCACAACACUGAGCUGCUCCCCAUCGAGUUGGACGAGAUGGUGGGGAAAGGCCAGUUUGCAGAGGUCUGGAGGGCCAAGCUGAAUCAUGCCAGCUCAGGGCAAUACGAGACAGUGGCUGUUAAGAUUUUCCCUUGUGAGGAAUAUUCUUCCUGGAAAAAUGAGAGCCAGAUUUUCACAGACACCAGCCUCAAGCACGAAAGUGUCCUUCAGUUCCUCACGGCAGAGAACAGAGGGUCUGGCCCGCGCAAGGAGUACUGGCUCAUCACUGCUUACCAUAGUAGAGGGAACCUGAAGGACUACCUGUCCCGGCACAUACUGAGCUGGAUGGACUUACAAAAGAUGGCAGGCUCCCUUGUGAACGGUGUGGCUCAUCUGCACAGUGACUACACUGCGUGUGGCAGGCCAAAGAUCCCCAUUGCCCACCGAGAUAUCAAAAGCACCAACAUCCUGGUUAAGAACGAAUGCGAAUGCGUGCUCUGCGAUUUUGGCAUCGCCCUCCGACUCGACCCUUCCUUAACAGCAGACGACUUUGCCAACAGCGGACAGGUUGGCACUGCCAGGUACAUGGCUCCAGAAGUUCUAGAGUCCAGAGUGAAUCUGGAAGAUUUGGAGUCCUUCAAACAAAUGGAUGUCUACUCGAUGGCCUUGGUUUUGUGGGAAAUGGCCUCCAGGUGCGAGGUGGUAGGAGAGGUAAAGAGUUACGAGCUGCCUUUUGGGUCAAAAGUCCAGGAGCAACCCUGCGUGGAUACCAUGAGAGACAUUGUGCUGCACGGCAGGGGACGCCCAGAAAUACCUAGCAACUGGCUGGUGCAUCAGGGAAUGCACUUUCUGUGCGACACCAUCACAGAGUGCUGGGAUCACGACCCCGAGGCUCGGCUCACUGCCCACUGUGUAGCGGAGCGGUUCAACUUGAUGGCGCAGAUGGACUGCGAUGACAUCCUCAACAACAACAUGGACAACGAGGCUGGCAAAACAGUUUGCCCCGGCAGCGAACACCAAGCCAGUGACGAGAACAGAAACAGCCAGUGACAGAGAGCGGCCUUCUACCAAAAUGAACAGGAGGAUAAAAGGCAAUCACAUGGCUCUUUUAUGAAAGGCCAGAGUUCAUUUUCUUAAAAUGAACUAAGAGCCGAGAUGUAACUUAUUUAUGAGACCAUUCACCGCAGGGGCACAACGCAAAGUGCUGUGGGCUCUAUACUUUGGCUGAAGUGCAACCUUGUAUAUGAAUAUAUUUUGUACUUGAGCGUAUAAUAAUGUAAGAUGUUUUCUUUACUAUUUUUAAAAAUGUUUAACCCUUUAUUAAUAAGUACCUGAAUCCCACGACUUCCUUUGGGCUCUCGGCUUUGAGCUUUAACUCUUUCCAUGAUCCCUUUGGAGUCACAGAGACUUCCCCCUGGCUUUCCAGCCACUGGUGGCCACAGAUUUGCAUCAGUUCUCACAAGGCAGCUCUCUCCAGCCUCAGGAUAUCUCAGGGACUAUGCAAGAUGCAAAGCAGAAGCUCAUUCACACCGGCCCCAGCUUCGAUGAUACCAACCACAGACAAGUCAACCCUCAGGUAUUGUAAUAAGGCACUGGAGAAGUCAUUUGGCAACAUCAUGAUCUGUCUUUGCUUCCCAACAUGUAGAGCUUGGCAACGCGUGACCAUUCUGGCUGCAAAACAAAUGUAAAACCACUCAGCUAAAAUGACAAAAGGGACCCAAUGCAGGGAGUGUAGCUCACCGAGUACCACGUGUGCAGAACAUCAUGCUGAGCCUCUGUUCCAGUCACAGUCCAACUCCCAGCUGUCUCCCAAGGCCGGGGAUACCAGAGGUUUGCCCUUGGGAGAUACUCAAUGGGUGGGACAGAGCACUGGGAGCUGCCUAAUAAAGGGAGGACAUUGCAGAUGUUUAUGCACAGUAGAUACAACAUUGAUGGCCACCGUUAAGCAGCCCUUUUGCAGGCUGCAUUCAAGCGUCUCACAGACUGCACUUUGGGAACGCUUGGUGCACGACUGUACCUGUAGUUUAGGAGUACUGUGGGCAGGGCAGUGGUCUAGCUCAUCUCGGGGACCUUGUCCACACCCAUCUUUAGUGAUUCUUAGGCUCAAGUGGCAAAGACCAGUUGCGGGCUGGGCUGCUAUUUCCAACUAUAGCAGUACUUUGUCAGGCUCCGUGCUAUUGGAAAGCCUCUUGCUGUUUUCUCUGGCCAUCCAUAGCCAGUCAUGCCCACUUUGGGACACCUUGCUGUCACAGCAGUGAGCGCGCUGUGGUUUUGCUGCAAAAGGGAGCCUGUGUACUUAAGUAACAUAUGGAACUCACGGUCACAGGACAGUGUAAAGAACCAACAGUAAACCAGGCCCUAAAGAGGGAUUAGCCUGAUUCACGGAGGAUUGGUUUAUCAUGAGCCACUGAAUACUAGUUCAGUGAACACUAUUGUUCAGUGAACACUGAACAAUAGUUAAGGGCAUACCUGACAUAGGAGGGAUGCCCAAUUACUAACACUAUUCCUCUAAAGCAUCCACUACUUGCCACAGCAAAAGACUGGGCUAGAUGGAUCUUUGGUCUGACCCAGAAGGUUCUUAGGACACGGUCAUCUCCCCAGGGGUUUUAGAAGAGGUAGCUGUGCAAGGGCCACAUUGCAACUGUAGAGAUCCACUGUACAGGUAUGGGGAAGGGCAGGACAACAGGUGCAAAGUCCACAGGCUCCAAGAUAAAGGCUGGGAAAGAUUCUGCGCAGAGCCUCGCUGCUCUGGAUUUCCACAGCAACAAGAGCCCCAGCUCUUCUCUUGCAAGCUGAGGACAAGCGGUUUCUACAUGCCGCACAAAAUGAGGGAGCAGAAAAAGGACAGAAUAAAGUUCUCUCUCCUCUCUGUUCUUACAAGGCAAAGGAGAGUGAGAGAGUGAACGAGCGAGUGACAUUAAUUUUAGGGAAAGUCUUUACCAAAAAAACAUUUGCUAGAUACACUGGCAGGCUCCUAUGUCCUCACCAUCUGUAGCGCCAUGGUAUUCUCAGCUGCCUCACCAGAUGACCUGGGGCAGCAGUCUGCUGCUGGCAACUUGUGAUUUUGAGCCAUUCUUCAAGCUUCUCCCUGCACUUGGGCCACCGUCUUGUAGCACGCAUUCCCUUCAACCUAACACCCCCAUUUUGCCACUAGCUCCCACUUGCAUGUAAUGCAUUUCCUCUCCUACCUGUCUGCACAGGAAGAGAACAAAAUGGCCUUAUACAAGGCAUAUGCAGGAAGGAAGAUGUGAAACUGCAACAGCAAUAUGAAGGGGCUCCCGGUAGUUAAUAAGAGGUCUUGUAUCUCCUUGUGAGCUGCCUUCAUGAAAAAAUAGUGGGAUAAUUCCUGCAUCACACUGUGCAGCACUGAGUUUACAAUUAAUAUUCUGCUGAAUCAAGCCAUGGACCGCACAGAACCAGUAAAAGCUUAAGCAGCUUCUGAGAGCAUCCUGGCAUCUUACAAGCUUAAGUUGUACAUUUCUACAAGCAGCAUGUUCAGAACAUAUGUAAAGCUUGCCUCUCAACUCCAAGGGUGAAAGACCUAAUUCUCUAGCUAAGGAAGCAGGCUCAGUCUGCAGGGCCCAGACACGUGGCUUAUGAGGAUGAUGCCAAGAAGCAUCUUUUUCACGGCUGAAAGCUAGAGCCCCGUGAUGUGUGACAUGCAAACAUCGAAAGGGAGUUAAGAAUGAGACAGUUUCCAAGAUGAGCUGCUUUGACAUCAGGGAUCCAGGCAGGACUCUGAGCUGAACACUCAGCGCUUGCACUGAACCUGAACCUGGGGUCCUGUGGCUGGCUGGCAGCUCUGAAAAUAAAGCUGCAUAUUUAAGCUCCUGAAUCCCUAUCAGGGCACUGAGAAAUGUCAGCUCUUCUAAAACUUUUACUUGCACGUGCUGUUUCUUUUAAAGAUACCAGGUUUAAGACAAGUUUAAGAUCAGUGCGUUUCAGCACCACCCCUGUGCCUCAUUACCCAAGACUAUUUUAAACCCUGUUGCAUAGACUAGGUGGCCAACCUGCGGGCGUGAGGGCCACAAGUGGCACAAGCAGCCCAUGUGUGAGGCACGUGGGAGAUGGCGCAGGGAGCAGAAAGCGGAGCAGCAGCAGAGCAGAGACAAGGGAAGGGGAUCAGAAUGGCACUUGGGGAGGACACGGGUCUUAGGAUGGGGCAAAACUGUCAAAGACAAACUAUAUAUUUCUGUGCUUUGCGUUUCUGUAGGAGAAAUCUCAUUGCCCAAUUAUCUAAUACAUCUGCACUACCAAUCAGUCAGUUCAUCAAAGAGGACUGUGCGUUUGAUAUUCCCACCGUCUAAAGUUCCAAGAGAGUCACUUUCUAUUUAUGUUCUCAUUUUCUAGCAGUAGUUGAAGAAACAAGCCCACAUAUUUUAGUAAUACUGAAAUAUCUGCUUUUGUUGCAAAAAUGAUUGCUCCCAUUUUUUCAUGAAAUGUUUAAACACACAGGGAAAACAGCAUUGACUUGUGAAAAUAAAUAACACACCAGAAACCUGA